GGCAGAGCCGUCAUCAGCCAGGCCAUGAAGGGGGAAAGGGACACACAUGCACGCAGCCAUCACACAAAGGUUUUCGAAGGGCACCACGGCCAGACAGCCGGCCAUGGGCCCCUCCUUUUCUGGUCUUUUUUUUGCGGCGGCCAGACGCACGCAGCAAGCAUUAUGGUACACGAGGCCCGUCACACAACACACCCACGCCAGCCACACACACACACACCGCCCUCCCACUCACCAUAGCUCACCCCUCCCUCAGACACACACAGCCCCGCCCCACAACACGGACGCAUAAAUGACGGUAAAAAGUGACUAAAAAGUGACACACAUGGGGGACGGCAGCGGGCAGGCAGAGGUGGAUACAUGGAUGGAUGGAUGGAUGGACGUGUGGCGCAUUACGACGACACCUCUCUCUCUCUCCUCGCUCACACGCACCCACCACACGUGGCGACGCACUCAAACACAUCCACAUCAAUGCACAUUGCAAUGCAUCCACACGGCUUGUCCGGUUGGCAACACACUGAUGGGUGGAGGGAGGGAUAGGUGGAUGGACAAACACACUCGCUACAUGUACCAUUUCCCAUGCAAGCACCAAAAGGGCCGUCUGCUCUCACAUCUGUGUAAACACGUGCACCCUCUCUCUCUCGGAAGGCACCACACACAGACACGCACACACAGCCACACUCAGUCAACGGCUUGGCCGUAGGUACACAUCACGGCACGGCAGACAGCUGCAUGCACCAUGCAUUCAUUACGUUAAAAAUUGGGCCCACUCACACACAGACAGAUGCACUUCGGUAUUUAUGGACGGACCAGUGAGUGUAUGAACAUUACUUACAGACGGCACAUGUAUCACAUCACACCAUGCUGGCGAGACUGUACAUGCCAUAGGCAAUGCCCUUACCCCCACAUCACACCACACAAUAGUGAAUUCCCACUAAGGGGGAAUUAAUUAAUCCCGCGCACCGUGCGGGGGCUCUUCCAGGCGUCGCCGCCCAUGGCGGGUCCUCCGACGAGACGGCUAGCACCACCUUGAAGGCACAUGCGCCGCAGUGAGGGAAGGGGUGGGUGUUGCCUGACUUGCCGUCCUUGAGCGAAUCGCUGCUCGCCACUCCUGGGCCGCUGCCCACAACGACACGGGGUAUGUACUGGAUGGCCAGCAGGUCCAGAUGCACCUCGGGGGAGUAGCUCCCAGACGUCACGCCACCCACACCCACCCAUGGCCAGCCCCGAGCCGACGCGGGAGGCGUACGAGAGGGGAGGGGAGGAGGCCUGGGGGCUGCUGGCGUCGCUCUACACCCUCACGGAUGAUGGUCUGGAAGGGCACGUUGGGCUUGUGUUGUGACUGCAGAGGCGGCGUGUCGCUCCAUCGGGGUUAUCCCCGGCCGCACCAUACCCAGAGUGCUGACGGGCCCACACAGAUGUCGACGUGGCUGCGCUUGGUGCGCGGGCGCAGGGGCCUUGGCCACGUUGAGACGUCCUUGGGCAGCUGGGGUAUGUAUCGAUUACUCACACGACAACACUGACUGACAGAUCAAACAGACACAGGAAGGACACAAGAGCAAGGAAACACUUGUUGGUUUGUAUUGCAGGUAGGAGUGCACUUGUCUCUCUCUCUCUCUCUGUCUGCGUGUGUGCUGUGCCGACCUCCUAGCCAUUCUGAUGGUCUGCUGCUGGGGGGUCGCGCCUAACAACACGCCCCCGCCAGCAGCAGCCCAUCAGCGGGCUGCGGUGGGGCAGCAGCAGCCGAAGGGGUUGCGGAGGAUCUUGAAGAACCCCCAGCACCCCCAGCUGCCGCCGCAGCAGCCCGUCCCCCCGAUGGCGGCCUCCUCCCCCUCGAUGAUGGUGGUGGUAGCGGCGGCCUUGGUGGGGUGCAGGGCGUCGAUGAAGGCCGCCACUGCUGCCUCCACCUCCUCCUCCCUCUCCCUGGCCUUCCGCUCUUCCUGCAGUCGCUUCUGGAGGUCUGCCCGCCACACCUGCGGGUCCAGGUCAACGGUGGCGGCGAGCAGCUCCUUCUGCAGCUCCUGGCCAGCCUCUUGCGACUUCUCGAUCCGCCUCUUCACAGCAUCGAGCUCCCCCCGCAGCUCGUGCAGCACCUUGCGCAGCUCCUGGAGCUGCGGGUUGGGUGGGAUACAGACAGGCAGACAGCAGAGAGGGACAGAGACCGUGAGUGCGACUCGAGUGGUUCUUUCCGCCCGGCUUCGCUAUGUGUCGGUCUGUCUGCGCUUUACCAGGCGGCUGAGCUCGCUCAUCUACUCCUCCGGCACGACCUGACGUACACGCGACAAACACACAGCAAGAAACACGAUCAAUGAAUGCGGGUGUGUGAGGCUAGUGACGUGGGUGUAUCUCAGCUCACCUCGUCCUCGUCGAAACUGUGGGGCAGCGGCUGUAAGAAGGCAUGGACAAGACACAUCACAGAAACGAUAAGUGCACAUAAUGCAAGGCGAUGCUUGCCGGCUGCUACUGCAUGCAGCAGGGAUUGGUGCAUGGGUUGUACCAGCUUGGUGAGGGCUUCAUAGGCGACGUUGAGGGCCUUCUGCACCUCAACGUCGCCACCCUUAUCGGGAUGGUUCUUCUGCAGACAGAUGCCAUGCCACCAAGGGGAUAACAGGUGGAUGCAGCUCACGCCUCCGUCAGUGAACGCUGCCUACCAUCGACAGCCUCCGAUAUCGUUUGGUGAUUUCGGCCUCCGAGGCGUUGGCAGGCAGGCCCAGUGUGGCGCAGUGCCUGGCUCUCGCUGACAUCGUCGCUGGGUGCU